AUGGCUUCUCACCAUCUACUCCUCCUCUGCCUCGCUGGACUGGUAUUUGUGUCCGAAGCUGACCCCGUGGGCACUGGUAAAACCAACUGUCCUCUGAUGGUCAAAGUCCUAGAUGCAGUGCGAGGGAGUCCUGCUGUGGAGGUGUCUGUGAAAGUGUUCAAAAAGGCGGCUGAUGGCACCUGGGAGCCAUUUGCCUCUGGGAAGACCGGUGAAAACGGAGAGCUACAUGGGCUCACAACAGACGAAAAGUUUGUAGAAGGGCUCUACAGGGUGGAAUUAGACACCAAAUCCUACUGGAAGGCACUUGGCAUUUCUCCGUUCCAUGAAUAUGCAGAGGUGGUGUUCACAGCGAACGACUCUGGCCACCGCCACUACACCAUCGCCGCUCUGCUCAGUCCCUACUCUUACUCCACCACCGCAGUAGUCAGCAACCCCAAAGCAUGAGGAGCUUACGGAGUGACAGGAUCCCACACAACUG